UUGAAACUUGUAACACAUUCAUCCAGCGCGCGCCGCCUAUUCUCCCAAGCGCGUGCUGGGGUCGCGUGCUGCCAGCGAGGAGUUCAUCAAUGUAUUUAGCAGACGUGUACGGAAGACACGGGGUGGUGAGCGAAUAAAAAAACCCACUGGGUAGUCCAGGACUAAUUCAGCCUAAUCAAUCGCCUGCUUCCGUGUCCCGGAUUAAGAAAUUUCGAGGUCAGGUGUUUCAAUAUUGAGCGUUGACGCUUGAAACCGAUUUCGUGAGAUUAUCAGUCCACAGGAGACCUGACAAGUUGGUGCUACUAGCGAGGGCCGCGUGUUACAAGCGAGGGCCGCACUUAACGUUUGACGUGCACAGAUCAAAAUGUCGGAGCCACCAAAGGAGAGGGUGGCCCUGAUGGCGGUGGAUGAGAGCCAGCACAGUGAAUACGCUUUUGAUUGGUAUGUGAAUCACUUCCAUAAAGCCGAGAAUCGCCUACUACUAGUGCACUGCCCGGAGACCUACGCUAACGUCACUAUGAUGAGUCCGGGCAAAGUCCAGGAAUUAAUUAAAGAGUGUGAAGCAAAGGUCAAGGCUAUUCAAGAAAAAUUCUUGGAAAAGAUGCGAGCACUCGGUAUUCAGGGAGAAUUUAUUCGUCUGAAUGGCGAAAAGCCUGGGUAUCAAAUCGUCGAAUGUGCCAUAAACAGAAAGGCGACUUUUAUUGUGACCGGUACUCGAGGCCAGAGCAAAGUCCGCCGUACCCUAAUGGGCAGCGUCAGUGACUACAUCGUCCACCACUCCCCCAUUCCCGUACUCGUGUGCCGGCACAGAACGCCGGAGCCGGAGAAAGAAGAGAAAGACCGGACGAAAAAAGACCAGAAGGAAAAAAGUUCGUUUUUUGGCAAGGAUAAGGAACACAAAAAAUAAACUAAUGCAGAUC